CGAGCGGGCGGCGAGAGGGUGGAAAAUGGAGCGGGAUGAAACGGAGAUGGAUUUUCUUUUUUCUUUCCGUCUUUCUUACGAGGCCGGGAAGACACACGAUCCCGUUUCCAUUUCUCCGCUAGGCCGACCGUGAUCUAGAAGGCCGUCGAACGACGGCGAAGGCUGCCGCGUAAUCACCGCUGGAGCGAGCUUAUUGUUGUUUUUGCACGGUUUAGUAAGAACGCCCGUGUUUGAUCGGCGCGUUGCUUAAUCCUUUCUUGCUGAUACCGGUGGGAAUUAACUUUUCUUAAGUUGCUCGUGUUUGCGUUUAAUGGUGUAUUCGAGAGGCCUUUUGUCAACUUGUCAACUUUUCGAAGACGUCUCUUCUGUGCCUGUAUUUUGUAACUGUUAUCGAUACUGCCGUUAUCAUUAUGUUGUCGAUGCGCAGCUCUUCCAUAUUUGCGUAACGAUAACGACAGUCAUUAAAUGUUACUGAAUUUAGGCAAUAUAUCCUUUAUUCUGUAACUUAACUACCAUUAUCGCAACGACAACGUAACUUAACGAUAAUGUUUUAACAAGUUAUAGAAUAGACCUAGCGGCAACUUUGAGAAAAAGAACAGCGACUCGACGGUGUUUUUUCCUCAGAGAAACCGGGAGAAAUUGAUCUCGCAGUUGGAAAAAUUUGGUCGGAUUGGAUGUAUUAACGGCCGAUCGUGAAAAUUUAGUUGCCGAAUGAAAAAAAUUUGGCGACUAAUAGGCGACGUCGCAGAGGCGAGCGCAACGAAUUGGCUGAUCGCCUUUUACGACGGGUCCGAUCGAAUUAGCCGCGGGGCGAAUUUAGGCGAGCGUCGUAUAAAGCGCCGACAAAGGCGAUUCGCGAUUACGCGAACGAGAGCGAGAGGAGCGAGUGUCAAUGUCAGGUACGUCGAUUCUUAUUGGGCAGUGCGUAUCCACGAGCGACGGACACAUCCUGGUAGCGCGCCGUUCAGCACGGAACCUUUUUUCCCACGGGGUAUAUAAAGCCCCGGUGAACAGGGUGAUGCACGACACAUAAUCCGAGUACCUUGGCGAGUACUGAUCUUCGGCAGCGCUAAGGAGCUGAGAUUUUCUUCGAGACACCAUGCAGACCUUCGUUGUUUUUUCCGCCGUUUUGGCUUGCGCCUUCGCCCGUCCCAAUGUCCUUCUGGACAUCCCGGCCACUCUGACGCACGUCGCGCCGUUGGCUUACGCCAAGCUGGUGCCGGGUGCCCCGAUCGGGCUGGACGGCCGAGUGGUGGACACCCCGGAAGUCACGCUGGCCAAGGCCGAGCACGCAGCCGCUCACAUCAAUCAGAAGAUCGAUCUGGCCAAGGAAACAAUCAAGUCGGCCGAUCAACAUCACGUGAUCGCUUACGGUGCACCGGCUGCUGCCGUGGUGGCUACCGAGGCGCAGCUGGUGCAACCGGUCGCGCUGGCGACGAAACUGGUCCCCGGUGCGCCGAUCGGACUCGACGGACGCGUCGUCGACACGCCGGAAGUAGCAUUCGCCAAAGCGGAGCACGCGGCGGCCCACGUGAACGAGAGGCUCGGCCACCAGGCUGCGAAACUGACUUCUUCCCAUGAACUCCUGCCAGUCGUCGUCUCGGCUUACGCCACGCCGGUCAUUCAUUCCUACGUCCAUUGAAUUCGGCACGAAACCGACCCGCUGUAUCGUUCGCUUAAUGGUGUAAAUAAAUCCGCAUGAGCUCACAAGGCGUAAUCUUGCGAUCGUUUCACUGCGAGAUUCACCCUCCCGAAUAUCACACUUUGUAAUUAUGCAUGCAGCUUUUCCAAACAUUUCAUAAUUUUCCCACUCAUCCUUCAUUGUUGUUUUCACCAAUUCCAAAUUUUUGUAAAGAAACAGUUUCAUACCGCAAA